AUGGUCUAUGAAAGAUACCAGGAAGUUAAAGACCUAUACGGAGAAAAAGAGUCCAGCGAGGAAAUAAGAUAUCUCACUAACUUCACCAAAGUAAGACUAAGAAAUGGGGAAACCAGGGAAAAAGGAAAAAGGGUAUACAUAAUACCAACAGAAUUCGACACGGAAAAAGGAGUUGAGGAUGAAAAAAUCGGAGAGAUGUUAUUAAGACUAAAGGAAGACAUAACGAGAGACGAAAGGAAAAAAUGCAUAUUCGCGGCGGCGGACGGGAUAAAUAGGGCUAAAUGUAGAACAAUUUUAGAAUGUCUGUUCAGUAACAUAGAAACGGAAAUAAUAUGUCGAUUACCAGGAAACAGGAGUACGGACGGAGAAAACAAGGUCAAACGCCCAAUAGACAGUAAGGUAACCAUCAAGGCGGGAAAUGAAACAUACGCCAAUUUGUUAAAAAAGUUUAAAGGCAACGUUGACAUAGAGAAAAUUGGAGUCGAUAUAAGAAGGAUUAGAAAGGCCGGGAAGGAAUAUCUCAUUUUAACGGUGGCAGGAGGCCAGAAAAAAGCGGAGACAUUGAAAACGAAGAUUAUGAAAAAUAUGCAGGACAUGAGGGUCUCGACCAAAAAGCGUGGCACCAUAAUAUACAUUAUGGGUAUGGACUCCACCACCACCAAGGAUGAGGUAGAAGAAGCCCUAAUGACGGAGGGCAUGAUAGAAGAGGAAAUCGACAUAAAGAGCACUAGACUCGGGAGAUACGAAGAACAAACGGCUACGCGAAAGACAGGCACGGUGGAGCCUGAAGCAGAAAGCAUUGUUACCGAUAACGAAAUCGAAAAUACGGAGAACGAAAUCGAAACCGAAAAUACGGAGGACGAAGUUGAAAGAAAUAGGCAACUGAUGGAGGAAGAAGCAAUCAUUGAGGAAUGGAGGAAAAGAGGGGGCACGUUGAGGGUUAAAAGAACUCCCCCGAACUGCAAACUACAAAUAAGGCUCGAGGGACAGAGCAAAACGACCGGCUUAGACUCACCAGUGACCCCACAGAUCAAUUCAGCAGGUUACAUUGACGACAACAUAUUUAGCAGUCCGAUGUUCAAUUUGCAGGGUGAGGGAAGGAUGGAAGAAUCAGAUGCAGCAGAGGAGGAUAGGAAAAGGGGAAGGUCGUCAGAGGACGAUGAAGAUCAAUUCCUUCGCGAUAUAAUAACAGGCGGAAACACAGAAGAAAGGAAAGACAGGACCCAAGGUGAGACGAGGGACACCAAAAGAAAAAAGGUCGGCACACCUCCCAACAUAGACGAGAGAAGGGAAAGGGACCAAAGCCUGAACGAAGGGAUGGACAGGUUAUAUAGAAUAGUGGAGGAACUUAGUAGACUGGCUGGUAAAAAUGUUAACACCAAGAGGGAAAUAAAGGAGAACAUCGUAGAACUCACUAUGGCUGUUCAGGAAAUGAGUGUACUCAUUGACCACCUCAGAGAACCCUCAAGGCCAACACAAAAAGACGCAGGAACCCAGAUAAGUCAUCCCACGAUCUUUCUAACAAGAGAAGACGUGGAUGACGACGCCAAAGGCAACUGGGAAGUCAUCGACCGGACGUGUGAUUUAAAAUGGGCGAAGGAUGCAUUUACGAAGACUGCCAUACAUGAAGGGAACCCAACAGCGAUGUCGGGCAACAUAUACACAGUGAUCCUGUACAACCCAGCUGAAGGCCCCACGAACAUUAAUAUGGCCAAGCAGGAGCAUAUAAAAGAUGUCAUCGAAAUGGGCAAAAUCGAAAAGGGGACCGUAGCCUUACUACAAAACACGAGGCACCAAAACAUCGAUGGGCAGACCCUCACAAAGAAGACGGGGAGGUCGAUACUCCUGGCGGGCCUCUGCAAACAGGAGGAAGAUAACUUCAGAAUGCUAGUGAAGCUAAAGGAGAGGCUGAAAAAGGAGGAAGUAAAAAAGGCGGCUAUGUUGGUUGACCCUAAGGCACUAUCUGAAAGACUAAGAAAAAUAAUAGAAUGUGUAUUUAGGGCAGAGGAGAUGGAAGUCAUGAUUUUCAAUAUGGAUACGGAACUAGAACUCGACAGGAACAAUAUAUCAAGUGAGGGAUGGACGCUGGCUCACAGGAGACAGAGGAAGGAGUACGAAACUCAAGCCCUCAUAGUCGAAGCCAGAGGAAAGACGUACGCGGAGCUUCUAAGAGACGUCAGAAAUAAGGUUAGCGCAGAGGAUGUAGGGGACCGGGUGCGGGACCUAAAAAAACCAGGAGUGGGGACCUGUUGGUAACCCUAAAUAGAAAGGAGGACAUACAGCAACUGACAGACGUGUUCUCAAAUAAGUUAGAAGGGGGGACCAUAAGAACGGCAGGGGACAACAGAGUCCCGCUCUAUGUUCAAGACAUGGACGCGGUUACAAUGGGAGAGGACAUUAAAAACGCGAUGGAGGACCUCAUAACGGGUAUUAAGGUAGAAAUCAAAUCCAUGAAAGAGUCCAUAGGAAGACAGACUGCUGUAAUUCUCGUAGAAGAGAAGCACGUUCCAGAAAUCCUCGCAAAGGGAAGCGUAAAAAUCGGCUGGACAAGCUGCAGGAUCCGAGAGAGGAUCAUAUUCGAGAAAUGCUACAGAUGCUGGGGCAUGGGCCAUAAGGCCUCGGAAUGCAGAGGCCCAAAAAGAGACGACAGAUGUAGGAAAUGUGGAGAAAACGGACACUUCGCCAGAACAUGUGAAAAUCACGUGCCUUUUUGUUGGACCUGUGACGAAAAGGGGCACACAAACAACAGGUGUCCCAGAUAUCAACGAGCCCUCAGGGAGGAAAUCAGGAAGGCUAACUCCCAAUCCAGAACAUGACGGGGCACCGCCCCACCCAAAUAAAUUCCAAACAGUCUCAGGAGGACUACUUACAUAUAAUCCAGGUGAGUGAAAGCUCUCAUUGUAAAUAUC